AUGAGUAGAGGCGAAAGGAUUCGCGACGACUUCAGCGAGACGAGCUCAUUGCAUCCCGAUGAGAUGCCAGCGAGCCGUCGACGCGAUGGACCGCCAAGCGGGUAUGAUCCGCGCUCUAGCGGCCAUCACCAUCGACGGCCGUCGCGUGGUUCCGACGAUGAAACGAGAAGCCAUCGCUCAGCGUCCGAUUAUGAGGUGCUCUCAUAUCUUAGCUCGCGUGGAAGUCGCCAAACGAGUCCGCGUGCAGCUCGUCAAAGUGAUUCACGCGAAUCGUUCGAUUCGGGCUGGUCGAGAGGUGCCUCGAGCUAUGAUGAUGACGUCUCGAUGCGCCGCAGGGAGUCUCGGCAGGAUGAGGCGCCGCGUCAAAGACGCUACGACUAUCCGGAGCCUGAACUACAGUGCAGUCGUCGACGAGGAUCGGGAUUCGCGUUCCACGGGCCUCCAGGAGGAUAUGAUCCGAAAUCCUAUCGACAUCACAAGUACGAACCUCGCUCGCGUCCUGCUGGACGCGGCCGCGGCGCCUAUCGUCGGCCGCGUGAAGAUGAGUCCCGCCAAUGCCGAUCUCCAGUGUUCGAAGAAGACGACGACGACGGCAGACCUCGUGUUCCGGCGCCCCGUCUGUUUGCUAGAUCUCAAUCGGAUCGCAAAGCGGCCGACGAUCUCGGCAAACAAAUGAGCGGGUGUUCGUUGGAGUCAAAAAAAUAUGCGCCGAUUGAAAAAAUCGAGUUUUGCGAGCGACCCGAAAAAAUGAUCCAGGACACGACACUCGGUAAAAAGACGGUUGUCCAAACAAACUAUAUUCGGGUUCAUACGUCGUCGGAGCUAAUUCUACUCUACGUCUACAAUGUUACCGUAACCAAAUUCGGAAAACGUCAUGAGAAGGUGCUGAAGAAGAGACAAGAAAUUGUGCCGAUAUUCUGGAAGUGCGUCGAACAGAAUCGCGGCGUGUUUCCGCAAUAUCAGGACAUGCUGUUUAACGACAAUAAUAUGCUCUGGACGAAAUCGCGAAUCAGAGCCGAUGAUUAUGAAACGCAGCAUUUCGUGUACGACAAUGACGGCAGAAAGAUUGGCGUUGUGACAUUGAUGUUCGUCAGCGUUUCGAAUUACACCGCCAAUCCGCAGAACGCCGAGGAAGCCCAUCAAAUGGUUCAGCUCAUUGAUCUCAUUGUGACAGCCAGGAAUCGGUGCCGUUUGACGAACGAUUCUUCAUAUUUCUAUACGCAUGGCAAGAACACGUUCAUCGUUUCGGGAAAUCUUGGAGAGAACGAAUUCUCGAUGCCGAUGUCGUUUUACGUUGGCGACAGCAUUGAAGGAUGGCGUGGAAUGCAUUUUGCCGUGAAGCCGUGCCUUCGCGGCGGCAUUCUCGCCAACAUCGAUCUGAUCUCAUCGACUUUCUGCGUCUCGCAAUACCCGAUUCUUCAGCUCAUCAUUGAGCAGGCUUUUGGUAAACGCGAGGCUGCCGAUCCGGAGAUUAUGGCGAAACUUUCGCAGUAUGGAAUGAGCUCGAAGAAUCGAAAAAAUGUCACGCGAAUUCUUGGAGGACGAAAAUUGAGAUUGACCUAUCGGAAUAAGUCGUUCAAGUUUGGCAAACUCACCGACGAGCCGGCGAGUUUGCUCUUCUUCGUCGCCGACGACAAUCGACGCAUCAGCAUUGCCGAUUAUUUCGAGUCGAUCGGAAUGAAAUUGCGCUAUCCGAAUCUGCCAUGCGUUGUGCCGAGCGGCCCGUGCAAAAAAAAUCGUGUCAAACCAAUUUAUCCAAUGGAAUUCUUGACGACGUCGUCGGCAAUUGAGAAGUUCAGCGGACCAUUGACGGAAAAGCUCGCAGCGAGCUAUAUUAAACAUUCGGUGCUGCCACCGCAAAAGCGUUUGACGCUUAUUCAGGAGAUGACCAACAAGGAGUGUACGUUCGAGAAAAUGCGAACGAGGGAGACGCAAGCGACUAGGGACCGAAAAGUGGUGAUGGAGAUUAAUAAGAAGAUGUUGGCUGAUGGGCAGACGGGAGAGGAAGUCGCUGGGAUGGACAGUGAGGGACCAUCUCUAGACAAUCAAGAAUCGUCUUCGAAAGGAACUACCGAAAUCAAUGAAGGAUCGCCUGUAGACAUUUCGGGACCAUCGACGAGCGCCAAGAAAUCGUGCGGCAAUUCUGACAACGAUAUGGGCGUUGACGAGUCGGCGGCGACGUCCGACGAAAUUCCCACAAGCGAUUUUCCGAAAUUCCUCGACAACGAUGACAUUUGGAUGACGAACUUCGCCACCGGCGUCGAGAAGAGCUUUCUGACGGCGAAAGCAACGAUUCUUCCGGUGCCGUCGCUGAUUUUCGGCAACAGUCGCUUCUACGACGCGUCGCAUCGCGGCGAUUGGAGCAUCGGUCGCGAGCAUCCGUGUCGACGCAUCAAAAUGGUCGCCACGAAGGGGACCAAGACGAAGGUGAUCGUGCCGGCGAUACUCGUCGUUCAGAAUCCGAACGAUCCGACGUGUCAGGUGGACGAUGGCAAUUUGACGAGGCAUCAGGCGAAGAUGCUUCUCAAUCGCCUCAACGAUCACGGCCAACCCGUCUAUUAUGCGAACGGCGAGCCGAACAUCAUUUGUGCGACAACGUUCAAUCAAUCGUCGCAACAGAUUAUUCAUCUUCAGGAGUUUUUGUAUUUCUUCCGCGAGAAGGUCGCCGAGAUGGUGACCGACGACAAAAUCGGUGUGCCGUUCCUCUUGUGCAUCUACGCGUAUAAGGGCAAAAAUUACAAUUCGCAACGCGAUCAAUUUCCGCCGGAUUAUGCAAUUAUAAAAUCGUUGUGCGAUUGCGAAAUUGGCAUUUAUAAUCAGGGGAUAUUGUACGAGACGUAUCGAACACUUGACGAUGACUCGCAAAAUGGGACCAUCAACAAUUUGGUGCGAAAAAUGUUGGCCAAAGUCGGCGCUGUUCAAUAUGUUCUCGAGCACGGCGGAAAUCAUAAAAAUUGGACAAGAUUGACGGAUCCAUCAUCGCCGACUUUAGUGAUGGGCAUUGAUGUGUGCCAUCCGUCAGCCGAAGACCGUCAGAACAACCAAUCGCUCGAUUCGCUAUCGGUUGCUUCGAUUGUGUCGAACAUUGACGUUGAGAUAUCACAGUUCCGCGAUUCGUCACGAGUUCAGAAUCCCGGCGACGAAAUGGUUGUCGACAUGGUGCACGAGAUGAAGAUGAGAAUUCUCGAUUUCAUCAAGCAUUCGAAUACGCUGAUGGCGCACAUCGUCAUCUAUCGCGAUGGUGUCGCCGAGAGUAUGUUCGAGAAGAUAUUUGCCGAGGAGAAGGAGGCGCUCGAUGCGGCCAUCAGGCAGCUUCGUCCGUUCCACAAAGACCUCAAUCCGACGAUCACUUAUAUAAUGGCGACGAAGCGGCACCAUACGCGAUUUUUCGCCAUCAAGGAGGAGGACACCGCCGGACCCGUUGGAAAUGUGAAGCCGGGAACGCUGGUGGAAGACGUGAUCACUUCGAGCCGCUACUUUGACUUUUUCCUAACCUCCCAGUUGGGCAAUCUCGGCACCUCGAAACCGGUGCAUUACUAUGUGCUCUAUGACGAUUGGAAGCCGAGCUACGCGUUUUGGCAGACGAUCACACACGCGUUGUCCUACAACUACGCGAGUUGCCCGAAUACCAUUUCGUUGCCGGCGCCGUUGAUGUACGCGCACGUUGCGGCGAAGAAGGCGAAGAGUCGGGCGGUUGGAAGUCGAGUGAUCCAAAGAAGGAAUAAAGUGGACUCAUUCAAUAUUCGAUUGUCUUCGCUGAAAAUGGAAACCAAUGAGGAUAUUGAUGGAAUGAUUUUCUUGUAA